AAUCGGUGUUACUGUGCAGCAGUAUUGCUUGACGAGUAGCUUGCAUGGACUGAGAUAUGUCGGAGAUACCACUUUGUCGAUUCUCGAAAGGUUUUUCUGGAUCAUUUCAUUCAUCAUGGCGGUUUUGACAGCGGCAUACUACAUCUGGAAUCUUUAUCAAAAGUGGAUAGAUUCUCCGUUAAUAAUUUCUCUCAGUCCAGACCCCGUAUCGUUGGUCGAGAUACCGUUUCCAUCUAUAACUGUGUGUAACAUGAACAAUGCGAAGAAGUCCGAAGCUGAUCGUAUAAAUCAAGGAGAAGAUAAUUUGGAAAAAGUUCUACUUAACGAUAUUUGUAACCUUGAGAAUGGGACAUCCACCGAUGACCUCGAUUCGGAAUCAGGCAAGUGGAGCAACGUUCAACGUUUCAUGAUAAACGUCACCCAGCCAUGCACAGAUAUGCUGUUCUUAUGUCGAUGGCAUCAAAAUACUACAGAUUGUGAAAAAAUCUUCAAUCCGACAUUGACUGAUGAAGGGAUUUGCUGUAAUUUCAAUGCCGUGCAUCGAAAAUACUUAUUUUAUAAUCCGCGUGACAUGUCUGAUUUCAACGUGACAUUCCCAUUCACAAGUGUUGACUGGACUCCGGAGAAAGGGUACGCGUCGAAAACACCUGCGGAUUCCAUACCUUGGAGACCGUAUGGUGCAGGAAGACAUCUCGGUCUUACUUUAGUCCUCGAUGCUGAAGUCUCGGAGUAUUACUGUUCAUCGACCGCCAGUAUUGGUUUUAAGAUGCUCCUGCAUAAUCCAGUGGAAACCCCAAAAAUAGCAGAUUUUGCGUUUACCGUAGAACCUGGUAAAGAAACAAGAAUCGUGAUUCGACCCACCAUUACAUCGGCAAGCAGAUCGAUAAUUAGGGUACCAAAAAAAAAACGAAGGUGUUUUUUUACCUCGGAAAGAUCUUUGAAGUACUACAGAACUUACACGCAAAGGAACUGCAUCCUGGAGUGCGAGGCUAACUUUACACAAGAAAUUUGUAGCUGUGUUCAACAUUAUAUGCCAAAAUCAGCGAAUACCACGAUAUGUGGAAAAAAGGAUGAGAAAUGUGCAGAUCAGGCCCGACUCAUCAUGGAAUUGAAACUAUACGACGACGAAAAUACUACAAGUCUGUUCAACGCAAGCCAAACAGAAAACAUUGCUGUCGUUCAUCUAUAUUUUGUGGAUUCGCAAUUUACGGCACAUGUGAAGAAUGAAUUAUUCGGAUUCACUGAACUAUUGUCAAACACUGGGGGCCUACUUGGACUAUUUAUGGGUUUCAGUUUCUUGUCACUAGUGGAGAUAAUAUACUUCAUCACUUUGAGACUCUGGUGUCGAAUUUAUAGACGAAAGUCGUUGUCUGUACAAACUCCUCUUCAAGUUAUGCCACCACCUCAUCAAUAUGCCACCGUUUAUCCGUUUGCUCAAUAGGUAGAACACAGGUGCACUGAGAACAAGACACGUAACAAGGUGAUGUUGUACCUUCGUAUGGUACUUUAAAAGAUACAUCUUUGAUUAUAAGUAACUACGGAGAGA